UUUACAUAUCGCACAAACUCACCACGCGCGACGAUCCAUGGUAUCCAGCAUCGUGGGAUUUUAUUCUAUUUCCUGGAAGGACUGUGUCGGAAUGCCGCUCCUGUGGGGCCGGCGACAGAAGGGGAAUGCUCUUGGGAACAUGGCACAACAUUCGCAACGCCCUAUCUGCCCGAUAUCGAAUAUUCAGGACUCUUUAUGCGCUUGCCAAGCUCAUCGGCGAAGAUCCCAACGCUUUGCGGCAAGCACCUCCCCAGAUACCGCUCCUCGAUGAUGCACCAGAUAGUGCUAUCGAUGUUCAGAGCGAGCGCUGUGCAAGUCCAAAGAUUUUCCCCGACGACUCAAUCGAUCUUCAAGAUGAAGCGUCUGAACGCGCUUCUCAGGUGUACCACGCCGCUCUCCUGAACGGCAACACUCUGGACGAUAUCCUCGCAGCAUUUGAGGCCGAAGAGAUAGCUUCCAGGAUGAAAACCAUACGGUUGGCUUGUCCCGAGAGCCCUAGUCCACCACAAGAUCGAGACCAGCAGGAUGGAUCGAUUGAGCACAAAGGAUAUCAUCACCACAGCUCCAGCAUUCAGAUCGCACCCGAGAAAAUGUUGAUGCAGCAGAAAUGUGCCGAAGACCGCGUUUCCCAACUGGCUCAGACGCAUGAGGAAAACCUUGAAGAGCAGUCCCAAACGCCAGACAAGGAGAUCGGGUCGCGUGCCAUCACAGUCGUCAUUGGUCAAGAGAAUGACAUACCAACCCAACCCAAGUCUUUCCACGACCUGACUACAGGUUCCGACGAUCAGAAUGACGAUCAGGAAAAGAAUAAGCGCGAAAGCCUGACGGAUCUGAAACGCUGUCCUACAUUUGUUCGCAGGCACAAUCCGUCGCGCAUUUCCAAGAGCUCAUUAGGUGGUGACAGACAUUCACUAGCAGUCCUCCAAGAGAGAGACACAAGAUCGUCGCCAGCGCUCGGUCCCGGCUCCCCAACCAAACGUGCGGGAAUGCAACGCAGGCUCAAGGUGUACCAGGACAGGGAAAGAUCAAUUGUGGCGUAAGAAGUCCUAUCCAGAUCAGAUGUCGAUGCACCUUCAUCGACGGGUUGAGUUGUUCACAGCGGCGGGAGAGCAGACCGAGUUAACAAAUGCCUGGGUUGAUUCAUGUACAUUUGUCCACAUUGACACGGCGACAAGAUGUCAUCGUUGGUGCGUGUAUUGUCAUAGAGUCUCUUGAGAGAUCCUUGUUUGCGGGAGUACUUCCAGUGAUGCUUUGGCUGCGGUUUCGGGCUUGUGGCGUUUGGCAAGGAAAAGAUGGAUGGGACUAUGACAACAGGACACGGAUUGUACCAUUAGGGAUUGCGUUGGAGGAGUUUCGUUUGUAGUAUUGAGAUACCCUCACAGAGAAAUGCAAAACCAUCAUCGCGCUGGGAAAUCAUUGACUCGACAGAGUGUAGGCUGCUUCAAGACAGG